GUUCAUAUGAGGCAUCAAAUGAAUAAAUGAUUCAUUGAGAUAAGUUCCGCUUACAGAUACACGUUUGAUUGCAUCUGUCCUCACCUCAAAGGGUGUCAUAGUAUUGCACGGUCAUGGAGCUGGAGCACUUUGAUGAGCGGGACAAGGCUCAGAGAUACACCCGAAGGGGCUCGAGAGGGAAUGGGCUCCCCAGUCCCACUCAUAGCGCUCACUGCAGCCUGUACAGAACCAGGACACUGCAAGCACUAAGCUUAGAAAAGAAGGCCAAGAAGGUUCGUUUCUACCGCAAUGGGGACCGCUACUUCAAAGGGAUUUUGUAUGCCAUUUCUCAGGAGAGGUUUAGGUCUCUAGAUGCACUCCUGGCUGACCUCACAAGAAGUCUCUCAGAUAAUGUCAACCUGCCCCAAGGGGUGCGGACCAUAUAUUCCAUUGAUGGGACGAUUAAGAUCACCAGUAUGGACCAGCUGGUGGAAGGAGAAAGCUAUGUCUGUGCAUCCAUAGAGCCCUACAAGAAGCUGGACUACACAAAAAAUGUAAAUCCCAACUGGUCGGGUGGUGCUAAGACUGCUGUGUCCCUCCGUGACCCUUCUUCCCUUGGUAGUGGCAAGGCUGGAGCCCCAGAAACUAAGGAGACCAAGGACUUCAUCAGACCCAAACUGGUAACCAUUGUCCGCAGUGGAGUAAAGCCUCGCAAGGCCGUACGGAUCUUGCUCAACAAGAAGACUGCACACUCCUUUGAGCAAGUCAUGACUGACAUCACAGACGCCAUCAUGCUGGACUCCGGAAUCGUCAAAAGGAUAUAUACAGUCGACGGCAAGAUGAUCACCUGCCUUCAGGACUUUUUUGGAGAUGACGAUAUAUUCAUCGCUUGUGGCCCUGAGAAGUUCCGUUAUCAAGAUGACUUCAAUUUGGAUGAAAGUGAAUGCAGGGUGGCAAAGUCUGCAUCGUAUGGACGGCUCCCCUCCUUGCAGGGUCGCUCUUCCCCAAGAAGUGGCGGGAUGUCCCGCAGAAGCAAGUCCCCCUCAUCCACUGGUUCAGCUAAUGGGACUGCAGGCAGUCAGCUGUCCACCCCUCGAUCUGGAAAAUCUCCAAGUCCCUCUCCAACCAGUCCAGCUAGCCUCCGUAGACGUCAGGGAUCUCAGCACAGUGGCUCUUCACUCUCUUUAGCCUCUACCAAGGUUUGCAGCUCAAUGGAUGAAGGAGAUGGGCUUGGCAGUGAAGCUGAGCCCAUGGAUGAGUACCCAUCAGUCCCUGCCUCCAUAGCAGAGAGGUACAAAGUGGGGAGGACUUUAGGGGACGGAAACUUUGCUGUGGUCCGAGAGUGUAUGGAGAGAUCCACUGGAAGAGAGUAUGCUCUGAAAAUCAUUAGCAAAGAUAAAUGCAGAGGAAAGGAGCACAUGAUCCAGAGUGAGGUGUCAAUCCUUCGGCGUGUGAAACAUCCCAACAUCGUACUUUUAAUUGAGGAAAUGGACACCUACAGUGAUCUCUAUCUCGUAAUGGAGCUGGUUAAGGGCGGUGACCUCUUUGAUGCCAUCACCUCUUCCAACAAAUACACAGAGCGGGAUGCCAGCUGUAUGCUGUUCAAUCUGGCAAGCGCCAUCAAGUACCUGCACAGUCUCAAUAUUGUCCACAGAGACAUAAAACCAGAAAACCUGUUGGUAUACGAGCACCAUGAUGGUAGUAAAUCUCUGAAGCUAGGGGACUUCGGCUUGGCUACCGUCGUCAAUGGGCCCCUCUAUACUGUGUGUGGCACUCCCACCUAUGUAGCACCAGAGAUCGUUACUGAGAAGGGAUAUGGCCUCAAAGUAGAUAUUUGGGCAGCUGGUAUCAUCACUUACAUACUGCUGUGUGGCUUUCCUCCUUUCCGUGGCAGUGGUGAAGAUCAGGAGGUUCUCUUUGAGCAGAUUUUGAGGGGCCAGCUUGAUUUCCCAGCACCAUACUGGGACAAUGUGUCUGACACAGCCAAGGCUCUGAUCACCGGGAUGCUGCAGAUAGAGGUGGAUCAGAGGUACACAGCUGUACAGGUGCUCGAUCAUCCCUGGGUCAAUGAUGAAGGUGUGUCAGAGAACCAGCACCAGCUGCCUGUGGCUGGGAAGAUCAAGAAGCACUUCAACACAGGGCCCAAGCUCAACAUCACCACAGCAGGAGUGUCAGUUAUUACAACCACCCCACUUGAUAAGGAGAAGCAAAUUUUCCGACGAAGACGCCACCAUGAUGUGAAGCCCGCUCACCACCUCCCACACAGUGUCGGUGCCGGCGCCUCCCACAGUGUCAACCCCAGCCUCUCCCCCAGUGAGUCUGAGGACUAAUCCUUAAGUUCGGCCGACACUGUCCGUUCACCCACCCCUCCGUUCUCGCUUCCUGCCUGAGGCCACAGCACCAUCCACCCCACCAGGGGAAACGUCUGAGAGGGUGGAGCGCAAAACGGAAAGACAACACUUUGUUCAGUCUGCUGACUUGGACGUUCAGACUGCCUGUACUCAUUUUAUUUUUUCCGUCGUAAUACUUUUAUUUUAGUUACAGACUACGUUGAUCAGAGGGACAAGUUAGUUUCUCUGGAUCUCAGAAUACACCUUAUAAGCAUGCAACAUUUUAAAAUAUCUUUUCCCUUCCCUUUCUUAAAAAAAAACAAAAAAAAGCCAAACUGUUAAAGCCUUAUUUCUACACAGCAAGCACUGGUCCAUUGUAGUACUGUAGAGCCCUCUACUGGUAAUAUUGUAUACUGCAGGAAAGCCAACCUGCUUCAUGAAGCACUUAGCUUUUUAGUGGAAAGGGUAAAUGCAGAACAUUGAAACCUAAGCUUCUAUAUAUUAAAUUACCUGAUUUUUGUGAUAUGACGAGUUCAGUACAUAUGACUUAUCAUACUGAUUUAAACGCUCUUUUGGAAAGUAAUUUUCAUGCAACAACAGAUCACUCAAGACAAUACUUAACAGUAACAGUCACUUGUUUAUACUAUUUGACAUCUAGAUUACCCUGUGCUGUGGUACUUGAGGUUCUGGUGCAUAAAUCUUAAACCCACUGUUUAAGAGGACUUUAUAAAAACUGAAAAGACAUGCUGCUAUAUUGUUAACAUAAGCAUUAGAUGUACUGAGCAGAUUGUUUGUUUGUUUGUUUGUUUGUGUAGGACAAAUGACGAGUUCAUUUGCAAAAACAGAUAAAAGCCAUUAUUAAAAUGAAUAAACACCUGUUCAUAAGAAUGGCUUUUAUGUGUUUUUGCAAAUGAACUCUUCAGAUAUUGUCCUGCCACCCAGUAGCUCACCUCGUGACGAUGAUCGAGGACGCUAAAGUUUGACUGUUGAUGGCCCAGCUAACCUGUUUGCUUGAGGAUGACUAGUGAAACAGUUUUGUUACCGUACAUGUCUGUGAGUGUGGGCUUGUUAAUUCGGUGGUGGUACAGAUGAAUGUCAGUGCAAUGUAGUUGGUAGUAAGUGCAUGUUAAAAGCCUUGCCUUGGCACAUAUGGAUUUAAGUGCAAUUAGGUGUACCGCCCAUCGAGCACAGUAUCAAAUCUGCCCAACGCAAUGCUGGAAUGAGUGAGAAUGGAUCUGUUGCCAGAAUAUUAUUGACAGCCAACUGACACACUUCUCUGUCAGAGGGAGGUAAUUAGCUUUUUUUUCCACACACUGAAAUAAGAAACAAGUUAAAUGUUGGUAAAUACAGCAAAGUGCUUCCAGGAAAAUCCAUUAUCUGAAUAUUUGUUCAUUCAAUCAAUACUUGUCGGACUUUUUUUAAAAAUACUCAGAUCAAACAACAUGAUUAAGUCUAGCUCUCUGGACUGUAUGGUACUGUAUGUCUUCUGACCACUUCAUACAUGGUUCACUAUAGACCAGAUAUUCAUGGAUAUAAAUGUCCUCUUCUCUUCUUCAGAGACUGUACCCUGCAUGUGUGCUAAUAUGCAUCCUAAAUUAGUUGUUCUGGUCUUUUACUGUUCAAUAUACACCUGUCAGAUAUGAAACCAUUUCUGUUGUCAUUGUACGUGCUGUCUUGGUGAAUGCAGUUCAGUUAAGGCACACUAUAGUCAUACCAUUGCCGAGUUAAGACUUGUAUAUACGUAUUUUAAAAGAAAUGUAACAUCACAACCCUGACUUUGUUGAAAAAGGGCUCUUAAGUUUCGACUGAAAGGGAGCAAACCAAAAAGCACAAGGAAAAGCAGGUUGUGAUUUUGACUUUUUGGGAAUGUGUUAGCUUCCUCAAUACUGUAUCUGUUUUUCAUCAUCUGAAAAACAUGUAAUGUUUAUAUACAGUUUGGAAAAAAAAAAUGGCACUCAGACAACUGGGAAUGUCAGUAUUAUGUGGAAGCAAAUAGGGAAUGUGAAUUCUGUAUUAUGUCCAUCCAUAGUCCAUUAAUGUAAGGAUGUUAUAAAAACAAUCUGAAUGAGAACAAAACAGUAAGUUCUUUUCAAUUCACAAGAAAAAUCUAUUGUUAUGGUUAAAAAGCAAACUUAACAACAAUGUACCAAAAUCGGGAAUAAAAAGAAUUUAAUUA